CUUUUUAAACCCCCUCAUCUCUCAAGCGUGUUCUUGGCCACACUACUACUCAUCAUCCUAGCCACUGCACCUCUCUCAAUUCAAAAGUAACAGAGACAACAGCUAGCUAGCUUCUGUGAUUUCUCUAGCCUCUUUCAAGCUCAACUAGCCAUGGAAGGCAUCAUCCCGUUCAUCUUCAAGGUCAUAGCGCAGUACAAAGAAGAAGGGCAUGCCGCCUCCUUCGCUGGCAUGGCCUCUGACGAUUCUGUCGAACCCUCCUCCCCGGUGUCGCCAUCGUACGUGCUCCUGCCUGGUGACUCCGACGAGCGCCACCGCGACGAGAGGGACGACGGCCGGCAGCUCCGCCCGACGUCCGUGGACUCCGAGGCCGUCACCACCUGCACCGCGAGACCCUCUCCACUUCGAUGCUCGACGCUGCGCCGGCGAGCCUAGGAUGGUGGAUUCUGCAGGUUCGGUAACACCGAGCGAUGCCUCGCAAGAUAUAAGUUUUGGUGGGUGUGAUUAUGUGCAAAUGGUGAGAAACAGUACGCGUUGAGAUUUGAGAACAAACAUACUAGUUUCAAGUUCUGUAUGCAUCUUUUUAGCUUUUGUGCCUUUUUUUCUUACGCUGUGAUGUGAAAGGAGCUUUGUAUGCCUAGGCACGAGUCUCAAAGGAGGCUUCGUAAGUGCGCAACAGCACGAGGCAUGUAACAUGGUUGCAAGAACCGUUGUGCUACUUCCAUUCCAUACGAUUUCUACUGUACCUGUACAGGAUGUUACUUCUGUCAUCUUCUUCUGUUUGGGUGGAAAUUCUGUUAUUUUGACAUUAAUAAAAAAAAUCUGUCAUUUUAUC